CUGAUGGCGGGACUUGGCACAAGCUCCCUGCCAAGCCAAGCAUUAUCAGACACCCCAGACGGUGGAGGCUACUAUCAGGUGGGGGCCCAGAGCAGCCAAAGCUCUGUCCCUGGUCGGCCGUGGUUGCUGCGCCGCCCGCCCGCGGCCCUCAUGGCCCUGAGAGGCGUCUCCCAGCGGCUGCUGAGCCGCGGACCCCGCCUGCGCUUGCUGCGCGGCUGGGGCUCGGCCGCGGCGCUGACCGAGAAGGGCCGGAAGACUCAGCACCGACCGGAAAAAUCCUUGCGUUCUCAGUUUGACUGGAGGGACCCGCUGGUGCUGGAGGAGCAGCUGACAGCUGAUGAGAUUCUCAUCCGGGACACUUUUCGCACCUACUGCCAGGAGCGCCUGAUGCCCCGCAUUCUGCUGGCCAAUCGGAACGAAGUUUUUCACCGGGAGAUCAUCUCAGAGAUGGGGGAGCUUGGUGUGCUGGGCCCCACUAUCAAAGGGUAUGGCUGUGCUGGAGCCUCAUCUGUGGCUUAUGGGCUCCUGGCCCGGGAACUGGAGCGGGUGGAUAGUGGCUACAGGUCAGCAAUGAGUGUCCAGUCCUCCCUUGUCAUGCACCCCAUCUACGCAUAUGGCAGCAAAGAGCAGCAGCAGAAGUACCUGCCCCGGCUGGCCAAAGGGGAGCUCUUGGGCUGUUUCGGGCUCACGGAACCCAACCACGGGAGUGACCCUGGCAGCAUGGAGACCAGAGCCAAGCACAACCCGUCCAGCAGGAGCUACACCCUCAAUGGGGCCAAGACGUGGAUCACCAACUCGCCUGUGGCCGACCUGUUUGUAGUGUGGGCUCGGUGCGAAGAUAAUUGCAUUCGGGGCUUCCUGCUGGAGAAGGGGAUGCAGGGCCUCUCGGCCCCCAAGAUCGAGGGCAAGUUCUCCCUGCGGGCCUCAGCCACGGGUAUGAUUAUCAUGGACGGUGUGGAGGUACCGGAGGAGAACGUGCUGCCCAAUGCCUCCGGGUUGGCGGGUCCCUUCGGCUGCCUAAACAAUGCCCGGUAUGGAAUUGCCUGGGGUUCACUUGGAGCUGCUGAGUUCUGUUUGCACACAGCCCGGCAGUACACCCUGGACAGGAUACAGUUUGGCGUCCCACUGGCCAGGAACCAGCUGAUUCAGAAGAAGCUGGCGGACAUGCUCACCGAGAUCACACUGGGCCUUCAUGCCUGCCUGCAGCUUGGCCGCUUGAAGGAUCAAGACAAGGCCACUCCGGAAAUGGUCUCCCUGCUGAAGAGGAAUAACUGUGGGAAGGCCCUGGACAUCGCCCGCCAGGCCCGAGACAUGCUGGGGGGAAAUGGGAUUUCUGAUGAGUAUCAUGUGAUCCGGCAUGCCAUGAACCUGGAGGCCGUGAACACCUAUGAAGGUACUCAUGACAUUCACGCUUUGAUCCUUGGAAGGGCAAUAACAGGGAUCCAGGCAUUCACAGCCAGCAAGUGAAUACACUUCACCCAGGAGCCUGGAUGGUACCGAACCCCUUCCCGGGGAGCCGCUGUGCUCUGAGCUUAUUCAAGGAGGUGGCAGAUGAAGCCAAUUUUUAUGUUGGGAGGUGAGAGACACUGAUUUUUAAGUUACAAAAUUUCCCUUUUGAAGUCACUCAUAUGUGCUGCUUAUAAAGAAGACGGACUCUGUACCAAGUUUCUCAAUCCAGUGGACCCCACUUAGCUUGGAACAGAAGCUUCUCUUGACAGGAAGCAGGGAAAAGAAAGAGAGUGACACAGAAUCAACCUCUAUGAGACCUGACCUGGUGUCUGACUGAGCAACCACCCUCCCUUUGAGUUCCCUGUGUACCCUCUGAUCCUCCCAUCUGGGGGAUAAGUGCCUUAUGCUGACAUUGGGGCAGAAUGUGGGGGAGAGAAUAAUAGUCUGGGUGGGGGGCAAUGGGAGUGAAAAUUGGGGACAUCUGUAAUACUAUAAAAAAAAGAGAGUCUGCAUGUCUGA